GUUGAUUGUCAGGUCUAUUUUAUUUAUAGCCUAUAGCACAUUUAACCAACAUAAGUUUUCUGAUGAUGAAUUCAUAUACACAUGCCUGUAAUCUAUCAGGAGCAAACUUUACAGUUGUUUGUGUACUUUGACAUUACAACGCGCAUGCGUUUUACGACCACAGCUUAUUAUUACGAUUUUGUCCACUCCUUUCAUUUUCAUCCCGUCGGGUGGCAAGGGGCAAAAUCGGAAGAGUGAUGUAAACAUUCCUUUACUGGGAUUCCUGUAUGAUAAUCCUCUAAUUGUCCCCCCAAAAAUGAAUAAAAACACGUGGAAGCAGGCUUUAACCUAGUCUCUAAACUAUAACCAAUAAGACAACAGGCAGAUGGAUACAUGUCUUUUAUGGCUAUCAUUAAAUUUUAUUCGAAUUGUAUGGGAAUGCCAAAAGAAGUAGCGAGUCAAGUAUGUGCACCCAAUCCCUACCACGCAGGCGCAGUGGUGUGAGUUCGACUACUUCCUGGCGUCUCAGAGUAGCCCGGGCUCUGCUGACGUUGAAGGUUAAAAGCUUCAAGUUUCAGUUUUGAGUGUGCAGGUUUUCUGCCGUUAAAGUGGGAUGCAGUCAGCGGGAAAACUCAUGAAGGUUUUCAUAACGAGGCGCAUCCCGCAAGAGGGGAUGAAGAUCCUGUCAGCGGCUGGAGUAUGUGAGGUGUCUCAGUGGGACUCCGAUGAGCCUGUGCCGAGGGCAGAGCUUCUCAAAGGUAUUCAGGGGGCUCACGGUCUUCUGUGCCUGCUGUCGGACAAGAUCGAUGCUGAGGUCCUGGAGGCUGCAGGGCCGAACUUGAAAGUGAUCAGCACGCUGUCUGUGGGAUUUGACCACCUGGCCAUCGAUGAGAUCAAAAAACGUGGGAUUCGUGUUGGAUACACCCCGGAUGUCCUGACUGAUGCCACAGCAGAGCUGACUGUGGCUCUGCUGCUGGCCACCGCUCGCAGAUUACCAGAGGGAGUGGAGGAGGUGAAAAAUGGUGGCUGGAGCUCGUGGAAACCUCUCUGGCUGUGUGGUUACGGUCUUUCUGGCAGCACUGUAGGAAUCAUCGGACUGGGACGCAUAGGCAUGGCCAUAGCUCAGAGACUCAUGCCUUUCGGAGUGAAGAGACUUCUGUACUCUGGGAGAACAGCCAAACCGCACGCUGCUGAAGUGAACGGAGAGUUUGUUCCCCUGGACACACUUGUGUCUGAGAGCGACUUCAUUGUUGUUUCCUGCUCCCUGACACCAGAAACCCAGGGCAUGUGCGACAAGAGUUUCUUCAGCAAGAUGAAACCCACCGCAGUCUUCAUCAAUACUAGCAGGGGGGCUGUGGUGAACCAGGAGCAUCUAUACGAGGCACUGAGCAGUGGACAGAUAGCUGCAGCUGGACUAGAUGUCACAACACCUGAGCCACUUCCAACAAACCACCGGCUUCUCACGCUAAAGAACUGCGUGGUGUUACCUCACAUUGGCAGUGCCACCUACUCCACGAGAGGCGUCAUGUCGGCGUUGGCAGCACGAAACCUGCUGGGUGGUCUGCAGGGCACAGACAUGCCCAGUGAACUCACCCUCUAAGAGCCUCAAACUGAGCCACUGUGCCUCUUCUGCUGACCGCAGAAAACAAUAAUGAAGUGAUUUGGAUGAAAAGAAUAGUAAGAAUGUAGUUCAGUCACGGUUGGGUAUAUGAUCAGUGUUGGCUUCAUAGUUUGACUUUAAUCUGUCAGUUUUGACACUGAAACCACAUGUGCAUUUUUGAGGAAGGAAAUGAUCGGUGCAGUUUUGUGAAAUAUAUUCAAGUACUUUAAAAAUGGCCUUAAUAACAAACCAUCGGUCCUCGUUAACCUUAAAACUUCUCAAAAUACACUAUAAUGUAUUCUUAAAACUCAUCUCCCCCAUUUUAAAAUGCAAUAUUUACCAUGAUGAACUUCCUUAUCUGCACUUUCUCUGCUAAUACUUCAUGUCUCCCGUUACUGAAACAGCAUAACACUCCAGUUUUGUAAUGAAAUAUGAUUUUUGUGAAGAAUAAAAACCUAACUUUCACGCA